ACACAUCCAUAUAGUUUCGGAUGCAAACACAUUCCGGGAUAUCAAGAGAUCAAACUCCAGUGACACGCUAGAAAUAGAAACAAUACCAUGUCGCGACUCGCGAGGGUAAUUAAAAUUGGACAGUCAUAAUGUUCCGUAAGUCCGACAUUUAGAGCGGUCUAAUGGAUGACCGCCUGGCCAGUGGAGUUUCAGCAAUCAAUUGAGCCGAACGAUCACUGAUCGCUGCAGUCAAAUACCGCUUAAUGCGCAAAUAAUUGUGGAUUUUGGGUAAACGGGGCCAGCGAAAAAUCCAUAUAAAUAGGGCUUAGGCCGUCGAGGAGUUUCCAAAAUCAUCCAAAACUUUGAGUGGACAGAAUGCUGCGACUGAAUUGCUUGUUCCUGCUCAGCUGCCUGGGCUUCCAGGCAGCCUUGGCCUGCAAUGGCUACAAAGCCAAGCUGGUCAAGAUGGAGAACUGUGCUGGCGAGGACGCCAUCAUGACGGUGGGCAGUGACUUCAACCUGAAGCUGAACAAGAAGUGCGAGCUGGUUCCCUCGGGCUGCAUCUCGAACAAGCCCUUCGGCACCGCCGUGGCCAAGUUCAAGGUGCAGAAGGACGGCAUCGUGAUGAAGGAGGGCAAGAUCGACCUGUGCGCCGCCAUCGACCAGGCAUCCAGCGAGGGCAAGGACAUGCUGAAGCUCUUCGGAGCACCUUCCUCCUGUCCGGUGGCCGAGGAGAAGGUGUGCGCCAACGAUCACGCCGUGGAUCUGAGCAAGUACAAGGCCAUGUUGGGCAUGGCUCGCGGUCACCUCAUCAUCGAUUCGGAGGUCAAGCAUGACACAGGCAAGUCCUGCAUUCAUGCCGAAAUCGAGAUCACCAAGAACUAGUGGCUCUCGGAUGAUCGGUGGUCUUAUGUUUGUAUUAUGAGUCUUGCAAAUUAUGUAGUUGUAAAUACGCAGGCAAUCAAAACUGGUAAAGCGGUGCACACAGGGAAUAAAUAUGCAAAAAAUACCGAA